GUGAGAAUGAUGCUUUAGCAAAGCCGAUAUCAAUCUUCAAUCGACCGGAGUUCGAGUUCAAAAAACGUACAAGAGAAUUUAAUGAUAUGGAGUCUAAAUCUGCAUCGCUACAUGUCUUGCUAAAUUGCCUGGAAGUUCAACGAUAUUAUGACUACUUUGUGCAUUUAAAUGGCAUUGAAAAAGUGUACGACCAGUUUGGGAAGUGGUUUAACGAUUAUGUUUACAGUACAGAGUAUGGUUACCAUGACCAACUUUUAAAGGACAUAUCUUGGGGACCCGGUAUGGUCUAUUCUAUGGACAAAUAUGUGGUAAAUGGUUUUAAAUUUACUACCGAAGAACGAUCUAAGCAUACAAAAACUAACAACAGCGGGGUUUGGGUUAAAGGUGGGGAUGGGAACCAAGCCGGGGUCGAUUAUUAUAGUGUAAUUAAGGAGAUCCUAGAACUGGAAUAUUCUGGUGGUGGCAAAAAAAGAAUUGUACUUUUUCGGUGCAAGUGGUUUGAUCCAACCCCAAAUAGAGGUACAAGGGUACUCGAGCAAAGAUAACAUCAUAGAAGUA